AUGGUUGAUUUGGCCCGUGCUAGUGGUUUGGAGGUUAUAUUCCCCGAAAGUGCAGAACAUAUCAUUGCGGAUUUAUUCAGUAAUCGACAACAAAUUCUAAAAAGGGAAAAACUUGUCGACAAGAAGCAAUAUUUCCCGUUGUUGUCGUAUCUUGAGGCAUUGCCGCCAACAUACAAAGUCAGCCACGAAACCAUAUUGAAGCAUCUGGACAGCGACGGCUCUUUGUUUCAAUCACCCUCUGCGACAGCAAGUGCAUACCUAGCCACCGGGAAUGAAGCAUGCUUGGCUUAUCUUCAGACUCUUGCUUUGAAUUGUGCUUCUAACGGCGUUCCAUCUCUAUAUCUUGUGGAUGAAGAGCUUACAAAACUUUCCAUGGUUUAUCAACUAGUGAGAUUAGGGUUAACCGAGUACUUUGACCAGGAGAAGGAUGAAUUUUUGGCACAAAUCUAUCGGAACUAUAAGCAUGAAAAACCAAUCGUGAAAUCAAUUCAUUCAAUCGCUGCGGAGCUAUACAAAGAUUGCUUGGGAUUCUGGCUUUUGCGCAUGCAUGGUUAUAAAAUUAAGCACGAACUGGGUCUGCCAUGGAUGGCUCGCCUAGACCACCUGGAACACAGGAUGUGGAUGGAGGAAAAAGAUGCUUGUGUAUUAUGGAUGGGAAAAUUUUCUUGCCAUAGGUCAUCAUUGGUUCAUAAUCAGGAUAUACUACAACUUGCUCUGCAGAACUUUGAACAGAGACAAUCUAUUUACAGGAUGGAGCUUGACGUGUUAAAAAGGUGGUCUGAAACAACGGGACUUAGCAAGAUGGGAUUCGGUCGAGAGAAGACGGUGUACUCUUAUUUUGCUGUCGCCGCUUCCGUUUCCGUGCCUUGCAACUCUGAUGUGCGAGUACUGGUCGCGAAGGGCGCAGUCAUAUUAACUGUCGCCGAUGACUUUUUUGACAUGGAAGGUUCGUUAGAGGAUCUGGAAAAGCUUACUGAAGCGGUUCAAAGGUGGGAUGGGGAAGGAUUGAGUGCACACGCCAAGACCAUAUUCGAAGCCCUCGACGAUCUUGUCACCAACAUCAGAGUGAAAUGUUUCAAACAACUGGGGAAGGACAUCAAGAAAAACCUUCAAAAUAUAUGGGGUGAGACAUUUCAUUCAUGGCUCAUCGAAGCGAAGUGGAGCAGAAGUGGAGAUGUGCGUCCCACGCAAGAGUACCUUGACGUAGCCAUGACGUCUGUCGGAGCACACGUCUUAGUCCUUCCUCCUUCGUGCCUCGCGAGCCCCACGACCUCUUUGCAUCAGCUGUGGUCCAACCCCUACCAGCCCAUCACCAAAUUGCUCAUGGUCAUCUCUCGGUUGUUGAAUGACAUCCAAACCUACGAGAAAGAAGAAAAGCAAGGGAAAUUGAACUUUGUGCUGCUCUACCUAAAGGAAAACCCCGGGGCCAGCAUUGAGGACUCCAUCAACUUCGUGCAAUUGCUGCUAGACCAACUGAAGAAAGAGUUCCUCCAACACGUCCUUGAGGAGCCCUGCAGUGUGCCUGAACUGAGCAGGCUUCUCCACCUCGCCUGCUUGAAAGUGUUCAACAUGUUCUUCAACUCCUCCAACCGCUAUGACUCAGACACGGACAUGCUCCACGACAUCCAGAAAGCGCUUGUAGUCCCGCCACGAGUCCCCAAAUUGAAGCCCCUAAGGCCUUUGCCGGAGAAACUGAGACUGAAGCCACGAGUGUUUGAGACCAAGAGCCUGUCCGGCCAAUAUGGCCUUGAGCAUUUUCCUAGGAAGAGCUUCUUUGGGUAUCAAAUGUCUUCCCGAACUGGUCCAGUGAAUAGAUGGGAGAAGAUGUACAAGUCAUCUAGUUUUAAGUUAUGUUUUGCUUAGUUAUAGCAGUGGCAUAUCUUCAAGAACUAUAGUCAUGAACCAAUCUUAUAGGUUCCUCCACCUGAAGUUAUUUUGGUUUUCACAUAAAAGUAAAGAGUAUAUCAAUAAGUAUGUAUGAGCAGAGUAGCUUAGAAAGAUGUGUAAAAUUUUAGUGGACAAUUCAUCCACAUACUUCAAUGCAAUGGUAUUUCAAGCUUCAA